UGUUUUAUGUCCUUUAGCAGAAAAAGUAAGAUAGGUUUCACAUGCAAAGUGUCAACGCAGGAAAUGACUUUAUCGCAUGACGGUCGAGUCUUAUUAACUGUCAGCCUUUCAUCAUCAUGGAAGAAAGAGAUCCAGAGAUAACUCCCAAUGGGUUUCAAGUCCCAAGCAAGUGUAUUACAAUCUCGGUCAACUGAAUGAAGAAUGACAACUUUGACUGACAGCUUUGUUGCAAAGGACUAUUGAGACCUAUUGUUCCUUACCGCUUCCCACAUUUGAAACUGAAUGUUUGAGGCCUGUUUUUCUUUUCGACUUCCCUCCUCACCAACCCUGCUGUCCAGCUCAGGCAGAGUGGAACCCUUUGUGUCCUCUGGCCUCGUGCCCUUCCAUCGGCGGCCUGCUCCAGUGGUGCGGUGGUGUACGAUGGCGCGGUGGGACGUUGUGGGCUGCCGCGGGAGACUGUGAUGUCCGAGCCCAACAGCCCGGGCGAGAGCCGGUGUGGCGCUCCCAGAUUCUUCGUGGGCUGCGAAGACGAUGAGAGCGAGGUCUUGGAGGAUAGCAUAAGAACAGACAUGGAAUUAUAUGAGGAUGACGAAGACACAGACUCUCCACCUGAGCAACAGAUUGUUGUGGGGAUAUGUUGCAUGAUGAAGAAGUCAAAGUCCAAGCCAAUGACCCAGAUUCUGGAGAGGCUAUGCAGGUUUGAGUACAUCACCGUGGUCAUCUUUCCAGAGGACGUCAUUCUCAAUGAGCCUGUGGAAAACUGGCCCCUGUGUGACUGCCUCAUCUCCUUCCACUCCAAAGGAUUUCCACUCGAUAAAGCAGUCAGCUAUGCCAAACUGAGAAAUCCUCUCCUCAUCAAUGACCUCAACAUGCAGUACUACAUACAGGACAGGAGAGAAGUAUAUCGCAUCCUGCAAGAGGAAGGGAUCGAUCUGCCACGCUAUGCUGUGUUGAAUCGUGACCCAGAUAAACCAGAUGAGUGUAACCUGGUGGAAGGAGAGGACCACGUGGAGGUGAAUGGAGAAAUCUUCCAGAAGCCGUUCGUUGAGAAGCCAGUGUGUGCUGAGGACCACAAUGUUUACAUCUACUACCCUACUUCUGCUGGUGGUGGCAGCCAACGUCUCUUCAGAAAGAUUGGGAGCAGAAGCAGUGUGUACUCACCAGAAAGCAAUGUGAGAAAGACUGGCUCUUACAUCUAUGAAGAGUUCAUGCCAACAGAUGGCACAGAUGUGAAGGUCUAUACUGUGGGACCUGACUAUGCUCAUGCUGAAGCUCGAAAGUCUCCUGCUCUGGAUGGGAAGGUAGAGCGAGACAGUGAGGGCAAAGAGGUCCGUUACCCUGUCAUGCUGUCAGCUAUGGAGAAACUGGUUGCCCGGAAGGUGUGUUUAGCGUUCAAGCAAACUGUUUGUGGCUUUGACCUUCUUCGAGCCAAUGGGCACUCUUAUGUAUGUGAUGUCAACGGAUUCAGUUUUGUGAAGAACUCUAUGAAAUACUAUGAUGACUGCGCUAAGAUCCUUGGGAAUAUUGUGAUGCGUGAGCUAGCACCUCAGUUUCAGAUUCCAUGGUCCAUCCCUACUGAAGCGGAGGACAUUCCCAUUGUUCCCACUACUUCAGGCACUAUGAUGGAAUUGCGCUGUGUGAUAGCUGUCAUCCGACAUGGAGACAGAACACCAAAGCAGAAGAUGAAGAUGGAAGUUCGCAACCCCAUGUUUUUUGAUCUAUUUGAAAAAUAUGGAGGGUAUAAAACUGGGAAAUUAAAACUGAAGAAACCAAAACAACUGCAGGAGGUGCUGGACAUUACUCGACAGUUGUUAGCAGAACUGGGCCAGCACAAUGACUGUGAGAUAGAAGAGAAGAAGUCCAAACUUGAGCAGCUGAAAACUGUUCUUGAAAUGUAUGGACACUUCUCUGGGAUCAACAGAAAAGUGCAACUGACCUACUUGCCCUACGGGCAGCCCAAAACCUCGAGUGAAGAAGAAGACACACGAAAAGAGGGUCCAUCUCUGCUGCUCGUGCUGAAGUGGGGAGGAGAGCUUACGCCUGCUGGAAGGGUUCAGGCUGAAGAGCUUGGGAGGGCCUUUCGCUGUAUGUACCCUGGAGGACAAGGAGACUAUGCUGGAUUUCCCGGCUGUGGGUUGCUGCGGUUACAUAGCACCUACAGACAUGACCUGAAGAUAUACGCAUCUGAUGAAGGCAGAGUGCAGAUGACUGCUGCAGCUUUUGCAAAGGGGUUGCUGGCCUUGGAAGGUGAACUGACUCCCAUUCUAGUGCAGAUGGUGAAGAGUGCUAACAUGAAUGGGCUGCUGGAUAGUGACAGUGACUCGCUAAGUGGCUGUCAGCACAGAGUCAAAGCCAGACUCCAUGAGAUUCUGCAAAAAGACCGUGACUUCAUUGAAGAAGAUUAUGACAGACUGGCCCCAACGUGUAGUGCAUCAUUGGUGAAUUCGAUGAAAAUAGUCCAGAACCCAGUGGCCACAUGUGACCAGGUUUACACUCUCAUUCAGAGCCUCACUGCACAGAUCCGCAAAAGAAUGGAAGAUCCCAAGUCAGCUGACCUGCAACUUUAUCACAGUGAAACACUGGAGCUGAUGUUGCAGCGCUGGUCCAAACUUGAGAGAGACUUCCGCAUGAAGAACGGUCGCUACGACAUCAGUAAAAUACCUGACAUUUAUGACUGUGUAAAAUAUGAUGUCAUUCAUAACGCUACUCUGGGUUUGGAGGACACACUGGAGUUGUUCAGACUUUCUCGUGCUUUGGCUGACAUCGUGAUCCCACAGGAAUAUGGCAUAAAUAAAGCUGAGAAGCUGGACAUUGCUUAUGCCUAUUGCCUCCCACUGGUCAGAAAGAUCCAGCUUGACCUUCAGAGGACUCACGAGGAUGAGUCUGUCAACAAGCUGCACCCUCUAUAUUCACGCGGAGUGAUGUCGCCUGGACGACAUGUGAGGACACGUCUAUAUUUCACCAGUGAAAGUCACGUCCACUCUCUGCUGAGUAUUUUCCGCUACGGUGGUUUACUUGAUGAAGAGAAAGACCAGCAGUGGAAUCGUGCUAUGGAUUAUCUUUGUGCUGUUUCUGAACUCAACUACAUGACUCAGAUUGUCAUUAUGCUUUAUGAGGACAACAAUAAGGAUCUGUCUUCAGAGGAACGCUUCCAUGUUGAGCUUCACUUUAGCCCAGGAGUAAAAGGUGUUGAGGAAGAAGAGAAUGCACCCACUGGCUUUGGCUUCAGACCAGCAUCUGCAGAGAAUGGACAAAAACAAACAGACCCAGGAAGCUUGGAGGACCUCUCACGCGAUGAGACGGACAGAGCUGUACCACUGUCUGAGCCAAUCACCAUACAGAGGAGAUCACCGCUGAUACGUAAUCAUAAAACCGGAUCUAUGGAGGUGCUCUCCGAGACCUCAUCCUCCAAAGUUGGGAGCUAUCGCCUCUUCUCGUUUUGCUCUCGUCAGUCGCCUGACAUUAAACAAAGUGGGUUAGGCUCUCAAUGUGCCGGACUGUUCAGCACCACUGUCCUAGGUGGGUCCUCUAGUGCCCCUAACCUGCAGGACUACGCACGUGCACAUCGCAAAAAAUUCUCCACCAGCAGUAUAUCCUACAAAGACGAAUUGUUGUCUAUGCCGGCAGUAAAACGAUUUUCUGUGUCGUUUGCAAAGCAUCCGACUAAUGGCUUUGAAGGCUGCUCCAUGGUACCUUCCAUCUAUCCUCUGGAAACGCUACACAACUCGUUGUCACUCAAACAGGUCAAUGAGUUCCUCACGAGUGUGUGUGAGAGUGCCGGAGAUCCACAUACAAGGACCUCCAGAGCACUGUCAGCCAUGUUUGGUGCACACAACCAUCCAUCAGGGGAUGGUUCGUACAUCCCCCACAGAGUCCUCUCUUCGUCCAUGUCUCUGAGGUCUCGGUCAGACAAACCCCCAUGGUACAGCAGCGGUCCAUCCAGUACCGUAUCCAGCGCUGGCCCAUCUUCCCCCACUACGGCGGACACCUCCCCACGUUUCAGUUUCAGUGAUAAAAUCUCUCUCACUCCGCAGAGUAGUGAGGAAACCCAUUCCUCUCAAAACCUCCCUUCCCAGCCGGCACCUCCACUGGCAUCGCCAGUUCUUGACCCAAAUUUCUCCGCUGUUUCAAACCCAUCUGAAGUACCGCAGACUCCAAAUAACUCACCAGAGGAUGACGGUGAGCAAUGCCACAUCACUGAUCGCCAAUCUGAUGAUCCCGAACACACGCAGGAAGGCCAAGAGACUUGUUCAGCCUCGGACCUUUCCAGCGAUGGAGUUGGAGACGUUGGUUUGAGGCCCCCCUGCUCCCCACUAGCCGAGCUCUCUCUCGGUCGCAUGGAAGGCUUCUGCCUCCCGAGCUCGCUGCCUGUGCUGCUGGAGCUCAGAGAGAGCAGCAGCGAGGCGGGUUCCAGCACCCAGACGCCCAUGUCUCCUGAAGGACACGACGAGUUCUUUGACACCCAGGAGUCGGUGGACUUGUGGAUGGACAGUACCGAGAGUCCUCCGGAGUCUGAGAUGCCUCUUGAGGUCACAGCAAACCUCCCAGCAGAACCAUGAUGCCACAAAGAUGAACAAGAAACUACCACAGAUAUGAAUUUAAUUGUUCAGCUUGUACGGCUGGGUAUUGGGCAGAAUACCGGGUUCCUCCUCUGUCACGUAAACUCUGUGGUGAUGUCAGUGCUGCUCAUUACCUAUAAAGACACGCUGACAUGAGCCCAAUCUUAACAAACUACUGGUCCAGUCCAUCAGAGUUAACCUGAUAUAUAAAUAUAAAUGUUUUAAAUAACAUUGUUGUGUGUGGACCGGUAGCUCAGUGCUCCACUCUGCUUUCCAGUAAGUCAAUCAUGUCAACUUGAUGGUUGGAAGGUAAGCACUGACAAUGCAGCUUUUCCUUCAUCCUUAUACAGUGGUACAGUGACUUGUGAGUGCACCAGCUUUGUCAAUCUUUUUUUUUUUUGGUUUUGUUUUGUUAGGUUUUGUAAAGCAAAAUUUGAGGUUUGGUCAUCCUGAGUCUCACAAUACAGUAUAAUCAAAGAUACGAGUACGGUUACAAGCUAAGUCGGGGAACGAAUUACAUUCUUAGGUCAGGGUACCACUUUGUCCCAAAUGGUAUCCAUAAAGACAACUAAGAAUAAGUCUUUUUUUUUUUUUUUUUUUUUUUGGGGGGUCGCCUGUCGAGAGCCGCCUAUAAAGUGGAGAUAUGUGUACAACACUGCUAACUGCCAAAGUCUUUAAUGCCAUUCAAGUUUCCUGUUAGAAAAGAAAUAUUUAUUUUGACAAAGAAUUUUGGGGAGAUGGUUUUUUUCAAUCAUGGUCGUACUGUUUGUUAUGAGAGCACACCGGUGUUGGGGCAACUUUUCAAAAUGACUACUAUACUCAAAGGCUGCAUUUUACUUUUGAAGUCGCUUUUAUUGUGGUAAGCACUUAUGUAGCAGGCAUGUAGAGAACUGACUCCACAUCGGGAGCUCUUCAGGUCGACGAUGAAGCUCAUGUGCCACUUUUAUCUGUGAUCCUCCACUGCAAGAUGCCACGAGUGAGUUGUUGCAACUGUCCAAUCAUCUUGUCGGUGUGCACUAGGAUAAUAAUGGCACCAUAGAGAAUGGAUGUGUGCUGUUUUUUGCUUCAGUGCAGAGGUUGCUUUUUUUUUCCUUCAUUAACACUGUUGAAUUUUAAGUGGUUAACUCCUCACUGUAUGCGGAUUAAGACAGAAUGAUAAUAAAUGUCAAAAAUCUUUGUUCAGGAGAGUACCGUAAAUCAUUUUCAGUGUGAGUGAUCUGAUCUAAAAAUAAACUGGUUCCUUGAAGCAGA